GAAAAUUACAUAUUAUUGGGUAUUGCGAGGCGUACCAGCUCCCGUCUGAUGUGUUUGCAUGGUGAUUAGACUGCGAGUUACCCGGAGCAUGUGGAGUUUGGAAGAUUCUACUGUCAGAAAAGUAGAUUCAGCGAGCUUAUUGAAUGGGAAUGAAGUGUUGGGUGAGGGUGGUGAUUCAGGCAGUAACUUUUACCUAAGAAGCUUUGCAAGCUGCUAUGGUGAUGCACAUAGUGUUGCUGUAGGGCCCUUUAUAGUCAUUGUUGCAACCUAAUUUAUGGCCCUGUUGCAAGUUUAGCAGUGUGCGAUGAAGAACGAGACAGAGUAAGGAAUGGUGAGGAUAAGAUGACACUUGUGGGUUGCUACCUUGGCAAGCCACAGUUUAUUUAAUUGAACUCUUCUGUGGGAGGAUUGGAUGGAUUUUUGAAAACUGAUCAAUCAUCAAGGCUUCAAACUGGACUUGAUGGAGCUGGAGAACAUCGUGGCCAACACGGUCUAUCUGAAGGCCCGAGAAGGCGGGGCUGACAACAACAAGGGCCGGAGUAAAAAAUGGAAGAAGAUCCUGGCAUUCCCGCACAUCUCGGAGUGCAUAGGCAUCAAGGAUGAGCUCUCUCAAACGUACACCGACCUCGUAGACAGUCAGCCGCUGGGGAAGAGACUGUUCCGCGAGUUCUGCCAGGUGAUGCGGCCCGAGUUCGACAAGUACAACAAGUACCUGGAUGCCGUGGAGCAGUACGAGUUGGAAGCAGACGAGAAGCGAGCGGAGGCAGCACAAGCUAUUUUCUACAAGUAUAUCGCCUCCACGUCUGCCGAAUCCAUAGACGUGCUGAACGACGACGUCUCGGCGGCGUGCAAGGAGGGCCUCCUACGGCCGUCCAAGGAGCUCUUCGACGGCUGCGUCCAGCAGGUCAAGGCGUUCCUGGCGCGACAACCGCUGCAGGAAUUCAUCGACUCCAUGUUCUUCCAUCGGUACCUGCAGUGGAAAUGGCUAGAACGGCGGCCCGUCACCUACAAAACGUUCCGUAUGUACCGGGUGCUGGGUAAGGGAGGCUUCGGAGAGGUCUGCGCCUGUCAAGUGCGGGCCACCGGCAAAAUGUACGCCUGCAAAAAGUUAGAAAAGAAACGAAUUAAGAAGCGGAAAGGAGAGCUCAUGGUGCUGAUAGAGAAAAUGACCCUAGAAGAAGUCAACUCUAGAUUUGUUGUUAGUUUGGCGUACGCCUAUGAAACCAAAGAUGCCCUGUGUCUGGUGCUCACCAUCAUGAACGGGGGCGACCUCAAGUUCCACAUUUACAACAUGGGCGGCGACCCGGGCUUCAGCUCCGAGCGGGUGCUCUUCUACGCGGCGGAGGUUCUCUGCGGCCUACAGGACCUGCACGCCAAGGGGAUAGUGUACCGCGACUGUAAACCGGAGAACAUCCUGCUGGACGACCUGGGCCACGUGCGCAUCAGCGACCUGGGCCUGGCCGUCGAUAUCCCAGAGGGCGGCUGGGUGCGCGGCCGAGUCGGCACCGUCGGAUACAUGGCGCCGGAGGUGAUCGACAACGAGUACUACAACUUCAGUCCGGACUGGUUCAGCUUCGGCUGCCUGCUCUACGAGAUGAUCGAGGGCCAGGCGCCGUUCCGCGCGCGCAAGGAGGCUGUCAAGCGGGAGGAGGUGGACCGGCGCGUCAAACAGGACCAGGAGAAGUACUCGAGCAAGUUCUCCGACGUGGCGCGCUCCCUGUGCCAGCUGCUGUUGCAGAAGCGGCCAGAGGAGCGGUUGGGCUGCCAGCAGGGUCGGUUCGGCGCCGAAGAGGUCAAGAAGCACGAGUUCUUCAAGAACAUCAACUGGAAGCGGUUGAGGGCGGGCAUGUGCGACCCUCCGUUCAUACCUGAUCCUCACGCGGUGUACGCCAAAGACGUGUUGGACAUUGAGCAGUUCUCGACGGUGAAGGGCGUGGCUCUGGACUCCCGGGACUCGGAGUUUUACGACAAGUUCAACACGGGCUCCGUGUCCAUCCCGUGGCAGCAGGAGAUGCUGGAGACGGGGUGCUUCAAGGAGCUGAACGUGUACGGGCCCGAGUACACGCGCAGCGACGACCUGCGGCUGGACCUGCCGCCGCCCGAGACCAGCUCUGGCUGCUUCAGCACGCUGCGACGCCGGCGGCGCGGCCAGCACCCGUGAGUGCCGCCCCUCGCUCAGGGAUCCGGAGGCCACGCCGUCGACUUCGCUGAGCAACUCUGACCCGUGACGCCAGCGGACCGGCCGCGCCGGCGCCGGCCGGUGAGGCCUCCUGUCUCGGCAGGGGACCGGUACCCCGCAGUCGCAGCCUCGCCUCACCAUCAUCUCUGUGUUCCUCGCGCGGCGCCGGUCCGGUCGAGGCGAGUGUCGCGCGGUCGGUGCCGCGGCCACGGCGGGGAGGGUGGCUCAGCGAGCCGUGGAGCGCCGGGUAAAGGCGGGGAGACUCAGAGACAGAGGGCUGGGCGACCGGAUGUUGGCGAUGUUCCUGGCCGCUCGCGCGCCGCUCCCUCCCUCCCUCUCGGUGAGCAGUCAGCCCCUCUCCCCGGAUCGGGGCGCCGCCGUGAGCGGCCCAUUCAAGUGUUAGUGUUGACCUCUGCUGGACCUCGCACCUCGCCGCCGCACUGUAGUUAGUCAUCCGGGCGCCGGCCGCCCCCCCCCCCCCGACACACAUCUACCUGAGAGCUCCUUGCGCCCGCCGCCGCCGCCGGCCGCCCAAUCAAAAGCUCUUCCUGGCUGGGGCGGGUGGUCGAGGGUGGGUCGCCGUCUGCCGCGCGCGUCCGCCCGCCGGCGGCCGCUCGCCGCUCGGCCGGUGACUAGACGUAGCCUACGCGCUGCGUCAGCGAGCGGCGCCGUGUACGUGUGUCCGUCGUCUAUAUGUCUGUCUGUUUGUCUGUGUCUGUCUGUUCGUCUGUCUGUCAGUUUUGGGAGUCGAGACGUCGGUACGGGCGUCCCUGGUCACCCUCGUGCAUGGGGAGCUCAAAAAAAUCAGGGUGACAGUGCAAUCGCAAGCGCAUAGACGUAGUGACAGAGCGAGAGAGAGCUGUUGAAUGUGACAGAGAGAGCCGACUGUGGUGGAGCGUGGCAGUCUGUGUGGCGGGCAGGACUGUGGCGAGCUACAAUCGGCCGGUACCGGCUGUGCGUGUCGUCAGACGCACAGGGCAGGUAGCAGCACGGACUUGGAAACGGAGACGGCCGGAGGUCAUUGUGAGGUGCGGGAACGAGUGGCUGAGCGUCUGCGUGGGUGUUUGUGUUCGGUGUGCGUGUGAGAGAGAGAGAGAGAGAGAGAGAGAGAGAGAGAGAGAGAGAGAGAGAGAGAGAGAGAGAGAGAGAGAGAGAGAGAGAGAGAGACGCACGCCGAUCGCUCGGCACUCUCCAGUACCAGUACCUCCGCUGCAUACGCUUUCAUCUCUGGCACAUAAUGUCUGUGUGGAUGUGUGCGUGUCUAUUAUGGAGGAUCGAGGACAGACUAGCCUCGUCCGCACUUCAUUGAGUGUAUAUAUAUACACAAAUGAACGAUCAACGCUUUUCAGGUACCUAAUGUACGCGCACCGUUUCAACAUUUUAUUAUUUAUCAUCGGCCGACAUGUGAUCCGUUUUAGUGGAUUUCUGUCCACUCUGGUGACGGAGCGGGUGCGGCCGAACACCGGCCGCCGCUGCGGGCUCUGUGAGGUCGGUGUGCCGCGGCUCUGCCGGCGACUGGGGUGGACUCUGUGCCGGCGCCUCGGCUCGCGGCCGGCCGUUAGGAGUCGCCGGCUGUCGUGUGUAGAGCGCCCGGGCCCGCCCAGAGGGCAGUAGUCGAGUUUGUGGUGGCGCCCGCGUAGGUGGCGCUGGACCGCCGGCGCGCCGCCGCAGCCCCCAGGUACAAAAUGUCUCCGGCGGCCCGCCCGCUCGGCGACACCGUACUGCCCUCCGCGGUCUAACUUAUUUACGCCUCUGAAUGUGUGCGAGGAUGGUUUACCUAUGACGAAAUUAAAAUACAUUGUUUUCCAGCUC